CUAUUUUCCGGAUGCGAAGUAUUCCUCCAGCCGCGGCCGCCCGCCCCGCCACAACAACACGCCGCCGCCGCUGAUCAAUGCCACGCCUCGCCCCUCAGGGCUCAGCCAGCGCCAUGACGGCCUGAACGCGCGCCGAGGCCUGCCUGAAGCACCGAGCAGGUCACGACAAGGGACAGGCGCGGUAGCCUAGGCCGCGCCCUCCCUCCCCGGGGCGUGGGGCGCAGGGCCGCGUGUGCCGCCGGGCCUGUCACUGCCGUGGCCUUGACGCCCAGGGCUCGUGUCGUCAGCCUGUCCUGUGUUGUUACCUCUCCUGGCCCAGCCAUGUGCUCCUAGCCCUCACCUGCUGCUGCCCAGAUACAAAAAUGAUGCGACGUAUGAAAAUUCGACCCAAACCCAACUUUGGGGGUGGUGGCGCAUCCCGGAGCAGUGCAGCAAAGCCUGCCAGUCAGGGCAGUGCUGCAUGCCAGGAGCCUCAGGAGAACCUCAGCCCACCCAAGGAUGAUGAAGUAGCCACUCAGCCAUCAAGCAGUGACAAGCCUGUGGAAGAGAGCGUGGAGGUGAUCUCUACAACAGAGAGUGUGGGCAAGGCUACUGAUGCCUUGGGUGCAGAGUUUCAAGAGGAAAGCCGUCAGUCUUGCGACAACACUUCUUCAGUCUCCCCACUGGACAUGACUCUUUCAUCAAAUAAACCAGAUUUACAAAAAAAAGAAUCAAUUAAAGCUGCAGAGGAUAGUGAGGAGCAUCAGCAGGCAGCUCCAGGAUUAAAUAGUACAGUAACUCCUGUUACAGAGACUAAUGUGAGCUCUGAGGUCACAGAAUCAAAUAACUCUCCAGUGCCAUCCCCUCAAGCCCAGCAAUCACCACAAGAGCAUUCAGAUGACGCUGUGCCUACAAUUAUUUCUCAGUCCAUGACCCAAACUCUGGAAGUGAUUGAUGACAAAUCAGUGGACAGUGUUCCCUCUAGUGCUGAAACACCUUCAAGUGACAAAUCAAGUGAGGCAUCUAAAGAGACUCAACAAGACAUUGAGGCAAAGUCCAUAGUAUCUGUGAGGAGGAAGAAGCUGAAGGUUAAACCAGUGUUUGGUGGUACAAGGAAGGUUGGGGUGAUGGACAAGCCCAAGAUGAGGGGGUCAGAUCAGACUAUCAAUGAAUCUGGUGUAAAAACUGAAUGUGUUACAGAGAAAGUUUCACAUAAAAAUACCGUGGAAUUGUCAGAUGUGAAGUGAAUGUGUUAAAUAUAA